GUAAUUACCCGAAGCCUGAAAAAGCGGCAACUGUGUAAUACACACUCUAACCACCUUUCUCCUCUCCUUUCUCAUUUCUUCGCCGCCGUGAACAACCGCUUCUUCGCCGUGAACCACCGCUUCUCAUUUCUUCCUUAUCAUCAAUAAACAUAUACAUAUACGGUGUUUCUCAGGUUUUCGAGAUCCAUUCGCAUUAGAAACUACGUAAAAACGAUCAAUUUUAUUUAUUUUUCUGGAAACAAGAAAAAAGCAAAGGCGGUAGUAGGAGUACGAUUCAGGGAUGAACAGGAGAUUUUUAUGAAGGAAAACACUUUAUAUGCAGUGUGAACAGACUGCACGAACGUAAAAAAAAAAAUUUAAAAAUACAGAGUGCGAGAAAAGGUGAUUAUUGUGACGCGUUUUGUUUUCGGAAUCUGAAUGAUCUUCGAGGAGGAUACUGAUCUAUUUUUGAUUGAGAUAAGUUUUAGAAAAUUCCAAAAAUUUGAAUUUCUGUGUGUUUUACCAAAGGUGACGGUGAAGUUUUAACGAUUUUAAGCACUUUCGGGUUCAAAUCUGAGUUUAAUUUAGAUUCUCUGUUUCUCAUCCAUAGAGAUAUCGUGAUUUUUGAGUUGUUCUGUUGGCGGUGCUUUGACGUGCUCUGUUUUGCGAUUUCGGAUAUUUGAGAAAGUUUAUUUUGAGUCUAAACAAUGGAACAGAAGAAUAUGUUGUUGUCAGCUUUGGGUGUGGGAAUAGGUGUUGGUGUUGGAAUUGGAUUGGCUUCAGGGCAGACGGUUAGUAGAUGGGCUAGUGGAUCCGCUGCGAAUGUUAUUACGCCGUUGAUUAUGGAGCAAGAGAUGCUUAAUCUCAUAGCCAAUGGCAAGGAUAGUAAAGUCACCUUUGAUGAGUUUCCAUACUACCUAAGCGAGCAAACAAGGGUGUUGCUGACAAGUGCUUCUUUUGUUCAUUUGACAAAUGCCGACUUUGCUAAGCAUACUCGCAACCUCUCCCCUGCUAGUCGAACAAUUUUGUUGUCAGGGCCUGCUGAACUUUAUCAACAAAUGCUCGCCAAGGCAUUGGCUCAUUACUUUAAUGCCAAGUUGUUGCUACUGGAUGUAACUGAUUUUUCACUGAAGAUGCAAAGCAAAUAUGGAGGAACAUGCAAAGAAUAUUCUUUUAAAAGAUCUAUAUCGGAGACAACGGUGGGGAGAAUGUCCGGAAUGUUUGGAUCAUUUUCCAUGCUUCAGUCUAAGGAGGAAAACAAAGGAUCAUUGCGUAGGCAAAGCAGUGGAGUAGAUAUUGGAUCAAAAGAUGGAUCUUUUAUAGCUACAAAUUUGCGGAGGAACGCAUCUGCCUCAGCCAAUUUGAAUGACAUAAGUUCAUAUGGCUCAUCAGGGAAUCUAGCUCCACUUAUGCGCAACAGUAGCUGGGCUUUUGAUGAGAGGCUUCUUAUACAGACCUUGUACAAGAUUAUUGUCAAAGUAUCAAAAACCAGUCCCAUGGUUCUGUAUCUCAGGGAUGUCGAGAAGAUCCUUUGUAGGUCGGAAAAGAUAUACGUGUUGUUCCAGAAAAUGCUGAAGAAAUUAUCUGGGGCUGUUCUGAUCCUGGGUUCAAGAAUUGUGGACCCUGGAAAUGAUUAUAGGGAAAUAGAUGAAAGGCUUUCUUCAGUAUUUCCCUAUAACCUUGAAAUCAAACCCCCAGAAGAGGAAACUCAUCUUGUUAGUUGGAAGUCUCAACUAGAAGAGGAUAUGAAGAUGAUCCAGUUUCAGGACAACAGAAAUCACAUAAUGGAAGUACUUUCUGCUAAUGAUAUUGAAUGUGAAGAUCUAGGUUCAAUUUGUAUGUCGGACACCAUGGUCCUAAGUAACUAUAUAGAAGAAAUUGUGGUAUCCGCAAUCUCGUACCAUCUGAUGAAUACAAAGGACCCUGAAUACAGAAAUGGGAAGCUUGUUAUCUCAUCUUCAAGCUUGUCCCAUGGAUUGGACGUAUUUCAGGAAGGAAAAUCUGCUCAGAAGGAUACCAUAAAGCUCGAAGCACAGGCUGAAACAUCGAAGGAUGCUCUAGGCCGAGAAAUUAGUACUACAAAACCUGAAGCCAAAACUGAAGGUGUCCUCCCAGAAAACAAAGGUGAAGCUGAAGCUCCGGCUCCACCGGUGAUGGAUGGAAACAUUACAACCCCAGCCCCCAAAACUCCUGAAGUUCCUCCUGACAAUGAAUUCGAGAAGCGUAUAAGGCCUGAAGUCAUACCAGCAAAUGAAAUUGGUGUGACAUUUGCUGAUAUUGGUGCCUUGGAUGAACUCAAAGAAUCUCUUCAGGAGUUGGUGAUGUUGCCCCUAAGGAGACCGGACCUUUUCAAAGGUGGCCUUUUGAAGCCAUGCAGAGGAAUACUGCUAUUUGGGCCUCCUGGCACAGGAAAGACUAUGUUGGCGAAGGCCAUUGCAAGAGAAGCUGGAGCAAGUUUCAUAAAUGUGUCUAUGUCCACAAUUACUUCAAAAUGGUUUGGAGAAGAUGAGAAAAAUGUCCGUGCCUUGUUCACUCUAGCAGCUAAGGUCUCUCCCACUAUUAUCUUUGUGGAUGAGGUUGAUAGCAUGCUUGGCCAGAGAUCAAGAGCCGGGGAGCAUGAAGCGAUGCGGAAAAUAAAGAAUGAGUUCAUGACUCAUUGGGAUGGGUUACUAACAAAAGCAGGUGAAAAAAUUCUUGUUCUUGCUGCUACCAAUAGGCCAUUUGACCUUGAUGAAGCAAUCAUUAGGCGUUUUGAGAGAAGAAUUAUGGUUGGUUUACCAUCAGUAGAGAACAGGGAAAUGAUCAUGAAAACUCUAUUGGCCAAGGAGAGAGUUGAUGACGGAAUGGACUUCAAGGAGCUGGGGACAAUGACUGAAGGUUACUCUGGAAGUGAUCUCAAGAAUCUAUGCACUACUGCUGCAUACCGGCCAGUUAGAGAGUUGAUACAGCAAGAAAGACUCAAAGACUUGGAUAAGAAGUGCAGAGCUGAGGAAGCUAAGAAAGCUGGAGUUGCUCCAUCUACAGAUGCAGAUAAAGAGGAUAAGGUGAUCACUAUCCGGCCUUUGAAUAUGGCAGACUUCAAAGAAGCCAAAAAGCAGGUUGCAGCUAGCUUUGCAGCUGGAGGAGCAAUAAUGAGUGAGCUAAAACAAUGGAAUGAGUCAUAUGGGGAAGGAGGAUCAAGGAAAAAGGAGCAGUUAUCUUAUUUUCUGUAGGAUAGUUAAAUUUCAUCUUCCUGCACCCUUCUCGACCUACCAUACAGUUUACGUCUUCACAAAUACAAGAUGUUAACCAAAGAAAGUAGUUGUUAAGGGGUGAUAAGUAGUACUUCUCAUGUUCAUUAGAGUACCUAAUGAACUGGCUGGUAGUAACCGAGUCUUGCUGACCUGUUUGCUUCUGGAUUUAAUUGUAGUUUUAUGUUGUAGGUUGGAAAUUGUUGUUGUUCUGUUGUUGUUUCUGUGAUAUUUAGAUUGUACACGUCGAAUGUACUAUAUUGGUUGUUUCCUGUUUAAGACCAAAGGGUAGGGAGGAGGAAGAGACUUGAGUCGUUUUAUCUUUACCCCUUCUUUGCAAGUGCUAAAGAGGAAGCCAACCGCUUGUACUUCUUUCUCUCAACAAAUUGACAGUGGUGUGUGUUGAAAGAAUUUUUUAGAUAAAAA